GAAACAAUAGAACGAAAACAUUAUGACGAAUACCAUUGGAAUACUUUGUCUGCUCCUAGGUUUGACUUCGAUCCAUGCCGAGACAGUGGUGCUCAAUGAAACCCACACGGAGAGCGAGACGACGGAGUACGGACCCAUCACCAUGGUGGUGAACAAUCUGGCCGAGAUCGCCAUCAAUGUGAGCGACGAGACGACCGGCCAACUGCAGGCCAAAUUGGAGCGCACAGUGCAGGAUAUUACUGGCAAUCUGGAGGUACUGACCGCCGAUGCCAUGGCCCAGCUGAGCGAUGCCAUAUUCGAGACCAACCAGCUGCUGGUGGAAAAUCCCAGCUGCAAUCCGGGCUGGAAUCUGGACGAGUUCACGGUCAACAUCACGAAUCAGUUGGGCGCCUGCACUUUGGGAUUGGGCAGCCUGGUCGAUAGCUUCCGGCAGGAAGGCAAGCAGUCGCUUGCCAAUGUGCAAGAAUUUGUGCAGCAGAUCGCCCAGUUGCCGUCCCUCUGCCAGCUGCUGGGUCAAUCAACGGAGCUGGCUCCACUCAAUCCGCUGGGAUUUGCCGGCGGCAACAACUGCUUCAUCAACGGCAUGGUGCAGAUCAACCAGGGCAUGGCCCAGUCGCUGCACAAUGCCUCCCUGCUCCUGGUGCGCAUGCGACAGCUAUCGGAGGAGCAAGUGGCGCAGGCGCAACAGUGCAGCAACUCAGUGGUCGAAGGGAUGCGUCAGUUCCUCAGCGACGAGCGGGCAAAUUGUGAAUAGCUUUGAAUAGCAAAUGUAUUCGAGUUUUUUGGCUAUAAGGAAAUAUAAAAGGGGAAAUUUAUGCACCCACAGGAGGGCCAUAUCCUGCUCAC